UUCAAAUUCACGCAUUUAUCGAUCAAUUCUUACCGUUUGGUGAUUUGUGUUCUCCUAUUCUUUAAAGUUUUUACUUUAAUUCUGUUUUCGUCACAAAUUCUUUGCAUAACAAUUGAAACCCCAUUUUCUGUUAUCGAUUCCAUCGAAGAAUUGAAUCAAAGACCAGAUCUAUCACCCAUUGUAUUCGUUCCCGAAGCAGAUAUCGACGAUCUUAAGUUAAGACCAGAUCUAUCACCCAUUGUAUUCGUUCCCGAAGCAGAUAUCGACGAUCUUAAGAGUGACAGCCAAUUGGCGUUUUCAAUGAAGAAUGUAAAGGAAGAGAAUUAUUUGGAAUACGAUUACCAGAAAUUGUUUGAAGGCAUUAAUCCUUUGAUUAAAAAUAUCUCGGUUUUGAAAACACACGUAUUGUUGGCCCCAAAGAAUUCAAUUGAGUUGACGAUCGCUUUAAACAAAGAGAGAUACGAGAAAAUCACUCAUUUAUCCAAAACUCGAUACAAACCAAGAAUUUCUGUUGGUUUCAGUCUCUAUGACACCAAAGAAACGGGUCUUUCGGACAAAUGGUCGCAAUCGGGUCUUCAACAAGCGUUCAACACAUACGGCGAUAAAUCGUUUGAAUACGAACUCAAAGGAAAACAAUUGUUCAUGAUUUUGGACGAAAUGCGAAUUGCCCUUGGUCCUUUUCUCACAGACAAAAGUCUUGACCUUUGGGUCAAAAGGGAAACAAAAGUGUUUAAACGGCAAACUAUAAGAACCCAAACUUUUAUCGAGAAAAAUAUCGAUCUCUCGAGCGAUGAGUCGUUUUGUGUCCUAAAGAGUGAUCACGUGAUCGAAAGACACGAAGAAUGGCAGCGAUUGUUACCACGAGUUAAACAAUACUUUUCGCUGAAAUUCAAUUCUUUUGAACCGUUUUUGAGAAUUCUGUCGGAAUUUGGAUUUCAUUUCGAAGUUUCGAAUCGAACAGAUUUGAAUGUUUUGGACGAAAUUGGAGUCAAUUUUGUGCGCGUUUUGUCGACUAAUUGUUGCAAAAGCGACGAAUUUGUGGCGGAAUUGAAAUCUCGCGGCAUUUCGUUGUUAUGUAUUGAUUGCGAACACGAAUUGCAAAGAGUUGUGUCAAUACACGCGACGACACGAGUAUUGUUGAGAUUAUGUUUGGAAAAGAACUCGAAAUUCGGAUUAAAUUUCGAAUUGAUUUCGAAUUUUCUGCAAAAAUCAAAAUCUCUUCGAAUAAAAGUAAUCGGAGUUUCGAUUCGCGCUAACAAUGCUUUGCAGUUAGAAAUGGCUUUAAUUGCGGCCAAAAUGGCGUUCGAUUUGGGAUUCAAAGCGGGACUAGAAAUGAAGGUUUUGGACAUUUGCGGCGAUUUCUCGCGAAUUGAAGACAUUUCGCACAUUAUUAACGAAAACAUUGAAACGAAUUUCAAAAACACGACAAUUAUCGCAGAAAUGAGUCGUUUUUUCACAGAAUAUGCUUUCGUUUUGUUCACAAAAAUCAUCGCCAAAAGAAAAACCGCACAAAAUAUUCACUACUAUUUAAACGACGGAAUAUUCGGCUCUUUUCGCGACGUUUACGUCUCGGACAGACAGCCGGAGCCCAACUUUCUCCUCAUCAAUGAUUGGCGCCGACGACCAGUCCAUGAGAGCAUCGUUUGGGGCCCGACUUGUGACAGCUCUGACUGCGUGUUGCGGUCCAUAGAAAUGCCGGAACUGUUUGUCGGCGAAUGGGUUUUGUGGGAAGGAAUGGGAAGUCAUUGCUAUUCGCCGGCAAAGCACUCGUUUAACGGCAUUUCUCUUCCCAAAUAUAAAUUGGAAAUCGAAAACGUGUUGAAAAGCGGCGCAAAAAGUGAAGAAAUAAUUUUCGCGAAUCCGUGUAAAAGUGAUUCCGUUAUUGAAUACGCGCUGAGAAUGGGAACCGAUUUAAUGACUUUCGAUAAUUGCGAGGAAUUGCGGAAAAUACGGAAAUUGUUUCCAAACGCGAGACUUGUGUUGAGACUCAAAGUCGACGACAAAGAGUCUGCCAUUCGUUUGGCGCCGUUGGAAAUCGAGAAUGCGUUGAAAAACGGCGCCAAAAGUGAAGAAAUAAUUUUCGCGAAUCCGUGUAAAAGUGAUUCCGUUAUUGAAUACGCGCUGAGAAUGGGAACCGAUUUAAUGACUUUCGAUAAUUGCGAGGAAUUGCGGAAAAUACGGAAAUUGUUUCCAAACGCGAGACUUGUGUUGAGAUUGAAAGUCGACGACAAAGAGUCUGCCAUUCGUUUGAGUCUCAAGUUUGGCGCCGACAUGACUGAAGUGCGGCAAUUGCUGCAAACGGCCAGAGAGUGGUCUCUGGAUGUGAUAGGAGUGGCCUUUCAUGUCGGCACCGGUUGUCAAAGGAGUGAAUCGUUCGCCGAAGCGAUAGAGUUGUCGCGAAAGGCGUUUGAUUUGGCGCUGAGUUUGGGAUUCAAUAUGCGAUUACUGGAUAUCGGCGGAGGAUUUCCCGGAAAGGAAUGCAAAACCAGUUUCGAAGAGAUUUGCGAAACCAUUAACGAGAGUUUGGAGAAGUACUUCCCGUCGGAUCACGUGCUGGUGAUGGCAGAGCCCGGACGCUAUGUCUGUGAGUCUGCCUUCUCUUUCGUGUCUCCGAUUGUCGUCAAAAAGAGUGACGAAAAACAAAUGCAAUACUAUUUGAAUGCAAGUAUUUUCAACGUCUUUAAUAACGUCGUGUUUGAGAACCAGAUUCUGGAACCGAUUCCUCUUCUCAAGGACUCCAACGCUUCCAGAGAUGUGUUCACAACAACUCUUUGGGGCGACUCUUGUGUCAAAAAGGAUUGCAUUCGAAGAGACUUUCAAAUGAUUGAAAUGAAUGCCAAAGAAUGGCUUCUCUUCAAAGACUUGGGUUCUUAUAGUUUGCCGUUUAAACACUUUUGUUUCCCUUUUGACCCAAAGACAAACUUUGUGAUUCUGGAACCGAUUCCUCUUCUCAAGGAUUCCAACGCUUCCAGAGAUGUGUUCACAACAACUCUUUGGGGCGACUCUUGUGUCGAAAAGGAUUGCAUUCGAAGAGACUUUCAAAUGAUUGAAAUGAAUGCCAAAGAAUGGCUUCUCUUCAAAGACUUGGGUUCUUAU